CUCCUUCUCCCAGCUGGGCCAAUCAGAGGCCGCCCUGCAGCCUUUCCCCCAAAGUGGGGGGGCAGGGAAGCCCACAGUGGUGUGAGCUCCUGGGGCUGCCAGUGGCCCGCCAGUCCCUGCCCGCCCCGUCUGGGACGUGGGAUUGCUCCGUGAGCGACUCGGAGUCACAGAGAAGGAGGACAACGACGAGGAAGCAGGAGCCCGGGCCCCUCAGACCAGCGGCCAGGCAGCAGCCUGUACCGCGCCGUUGCAGACAGCCAGACUCAGGGCGGCCCCUCCUGGCAGCUCGGCAACUCCCGAAGGAUGCUUUGGGAGUGAGGUGAAGCUGAGCCGCUCUGUACCCUUGCAGCCCUCCCAACUCCCUUCAUUGUCCAGAGGCUCCCGGAUCCUGCAACAGCCCUGCCUGCCCUUCUGCCCACCCAUCACCUUGUCUGCAGUCCAGCAGUCUUCCUAAUAACAGGGAGAGGGCAGUGAGGAGGACUUCCUGGAAGGGGUGGCAGCCCAGAGCCUGGGACCGUGGUCACACCAGAAGGCAUAGACAGCCAGGACACCAUGUGGCCACUGGGUGCGAUGCCAUCUCUGGUCCUCAGAGCCCCAUCGCUGUGGCUGCCCUUGCUGUUGGUGCUGGGCCCACAGGCCCUCCAAGGCCUGGUCAUCACUCCCCCGGGGCCAGAGCUCGUCCUCAAUGUCGCCAGCACCUUCGUUCUGACCUGCUCGGGUUCAGCUCCGGUAGUGUGGGAACGGAUGUCCCAGCAGCCUGUGCAGAAAGUGCGCAAGACCAAGAACGGCUUCUCCAGCGUGUUGACGUUGACCAAUGUCACUGGGCUAGACACAGGAGAAUACUUCUGUACCUACAGCGGCUCUGAUGGGCUGGAGCCCAGGGAGCAAAAACGACUCUACAUCUUUGUGCCAGAUCCCACUGUGGCCUUCCUCCCCGCCGACCCUGAGGAUCUGUUCAUCUUUCUCAUGAAAAUAACUGAGACCACAAUUCCAUGCCGGGUGACGGACCCACAGCUGGAGGUGACACUGUAUGAAAAGAUACCAGACAUCCCGCUAUCCUUCCCCUAUGAUAAUCAACGUGGCUUCCAUGGUAUCUUUGAAGACAAGGCUUAUGUCUGCAAAACCACCAUCGGGGACAGGGAGGUGGCUUCCAGCACCUACUAUGUCUACAUCCUCCAGGUGUCAUCCAUGAACUCCUCCAUGGACGCAGUGCAGACCGUGGUCCGCCAGGGUGAGAACAUCACCGUCAGGUGCACUGUGACGGGGAAUGAGUUGGUCGACUUCCGGUGGACGUACCCCCGCAAGGAGAGUGGGCGACCGGUGACGCCACAGGUGGACUUUAGAAAGGCCUUACACCUCCACUCAAUCCUGCACAUCCCUAACGCUGAGCUGGGAGACUCAGGGACCUACAUCUGCUCCGUGUCCGAUACAGUAAACAGCCAUCAGGAUGUAGAUGCCAUCAACAUCACCGUGGUCGAGAGCGGCUACGUGCGACUGCUUGAAGAGCUGGACGAAGUGGAGUUCGCCGAGCUGCACCGGAGCAGGACCCUGCAGGUGGUGUUCGAGGCUUACCCGCCGCCCACUGUCAUGUGGUUCAAGGACAACAGCACCCUGGGCGACCCCGGCACCGGCGAAUUCAUCCUGUCCACGCACAAUGUGUCUGAGACCCGGUAUGUGUCGGAACUAACACUGGUGCGAGUGAAGGCGGCUGAGGCUGGCCAGUACACCAUGCUGGCCUUCCACGAGGAUGAUGAGGUCCAACUCUCCUUCUACCUGCAGGUCAACGUCCCUGCCCAUCUGAUGGAGCUGAGCGAGAGCCACCCUGCCACCGGGGGGCAGAGACUCCGCUGUCGUGGCCGGGGCAUGCCCGAGCCGCAGCUCACCUGGUCUGUCUGCAGUGACCUCAGGAGGUGUCAGCGCAAGCUGCCGCCCAAGCCGCAGGCAAACAGUUCCAAGGAGGAAGGCCAGCAGGAGACUAACGUGACUUACUUGGAGGAUGAGCAGGAGUUUGAGGUGGUGAGCACGCUGCGCCUGCGCCGGGUCGAACAGCGGCUGUCGGUGCGCUGCACGCUGCACAACCUACUGGGCUACGACGCGCAGGAGAUCAUCGUGGUGCCGCCUUCCAAGCCCUUCAAGGUGGUGGUGAUCUCAGCCAUCCUGGCCCUGGUGGUCCUCACGAUCAUCUCCCUCAUCAUCCUCAUCAUCCUUUGGCAGAAGAAGCCGCGUUACGAGAUCCGCUGGAAGGUGAUUGAGUCGGUGAGCUCCGACGGGCAUGAGUACAUCUACGUGGACCCCAUGCAGCUGCCCUAUGACUCCACCUGGGAGCUGCCGCGGGACCAGCUCGUGCUCGGACGCACCCUUGGAUCCGGGGCCUUUGGGCAGGUUGUGGAGGCCACAGCGCACGGCCUGAGCCAUUCACAGGCCACGAUGAAGGUGGCCGUGAAGAUGCUGAAAUCCACAGCCCGCAGCAGCGAGAAGCAGGCCCUCAUGUCGGAGCUGAAGAUCAUGAGUCACCUCGGGCCCCACCUGAACGUGGUCAACCUGCUGGGAGCCUGCACCAAAGGAGGACCCAUCUACAUCAUCACCGAGUACUGCCGCUAUGGCGACCUGGUGGACUACCUGCACCGCAACAAGCACACCUUCCUGCAGCACUGCUCGGACAAGCGCCGCCCGCCCAGCACCGAGCUCUACAGCAACGCCCUGCCCGUUGGGCAACCCCUGCCCAGCCAUGUGUCCCUGACUGGGGAGAGCGACGGCGGCUACAUGGACAUGAGCAAGGAUGAGUCGGUGGACUACGUGCCCAUGCUGGACAUGAAAGGGGACGUCAAGUAUGCAGACAUCGAGUCCUCCAGCUACAUGGCUCCUUACGAUAACUACAUCCCCCCUGCUCCUGAGAGGACGUGUCGGGUGACUUUGAUCAACGAGUCUCCAGUGCUGAGCUACAUGGACCUUGUGGGCUUUAGCUACCAGGUGGCCAAUGGCAUGGAGUUCCUGGCCUCCAAGAACUGUGUCCAUCGAGACCUGGCGGCCAGGAACGUGCUGAUCUGUGAGGGCAAGCUGGUCAAGAUCUGCGAUUUCGGCCUGGCCCGUGACAUCAUGCGGGACUCGAACUACAUCUCCAAAGGCAGUACCUUCCUGCCUCUGAAGUGGAUGGCCCCGGAGAGCAUCUUCAACAGCCUCUAUACCACCCUGAGUGACGUGUGGUCCUUCGGGAUCCUACUCUGGGAGAUCUUCACUCUGGGUGGCACCCCUUACCCGGAGCUGCCCAUGAAUGAGCAGUUCUACAAUGCCAUCAAGCGGGGUUACCGCAUGGCCCAGCCUGUCCACGCCUCGGAUGAGAUCUACGAGAUCAUGCAGAAGUGCUGGGAGGAGAAGUUUGAGAUUCGACCCCCCUUCUCCCAGCUGGUGCUGCUUCUCGAGAGACUGCUGGGCGAGGGUUACAAAAAGAAGUACCAGCAGGUGGACGAGGAGUUUCUGAGGAGCGACCACCCAGCCGUCCUUCGGUCCCAAGCCCGCUUGCCUGGGUUACAUGGGCUCCGGUGCCCUCUGGACACCAGCUCUGUCCUCUACACUGCCGUGCAGCCCAAUGAGGGUGACAACGACUACAUCAUCCCCCUGCCUGACCCCAAACCUGAGGUUGCUGAUGAGGGCCCAUUGGACGGUUCCCCCAGCCUUACCAGCUCCACCCUGAAUGAAGUCAACACCUCAUCUACCAUCUCCUGUGACAGCCCCCUGGAGCCCCAAGAGGAACCAGAGCCCGAGUCUGAGCCCCAGCCCCAGGAGGAGCCCAAGCUGGAGCUGGAACAGCCACAGGAUUCAGGCUGCCCUGGGCCCCGGGCCGAGACAGAGGACAGCUUCCUGUAGGGGGCUGGCCCCCACCCUGCCCGGCCUGAAGCUCCCCUCGACCUCCCGGCACCCAGUACCUCCUGGCCUGGCCCAUCAGCCAGGCUGCCUCCAUGAGCUGUCCCCUUCUGGAAGGCUUCUGCCCCUGGCACAUUACACCCCCACCCCGGGGCUUCGGAAGCCAGAGAACUGCAGGAGCCAUAACCUCUGGGCAGGCUGUGUGCAAGGUUCCUCCCCAGGAGACUCAGUUUCCCCUUCUGUAAGAUGGAAAAGUUGAGCUUAGCCACCCACAGUCUGGGAUUCUCUCCCUGGCUGGCAGGUGGGGAGAUUGGAAUCCCUGAAAAGCUCCUUGGAGUUAAUGAGGUGGUAAAUUAACUUUUUUCUGUUCAGCCAGCCACCUGUCAAGGAGUUGCAACUCUCUCCUUGCACUUUUACCUGCCCGAGAGCUGGGGGAGGGACCCUGGCAUCCCCGGCUCCUGGCUGAGCUAGAGCCUGGCCUUGGACAGUAUUGUCUCACCCCGCAGCUGCCUCCCACAAUGCCAGUCUCCCUUCCCCCAGGCCCGAGCUGGUCUGGGGCCGUCCGUGCUUAAUCAAUGCUGUUAAUACCGCUGGGGGUGGGGGCCGAGCCGAGUACAGGACACUGGGCCUGUAGCCCCAGCCCAGAGCCUCAGAGUACAUGCUUGCCAUAGAGAGUGUCCUGGCCUUUCUCCUCCUCGUCCUCAGUCUUACUCCAUGCUGGCCCAGCGUCUGUGAUGAGUGUGUUGAUGUGCUUGCAGGAAGUGUCCAUGUGUGGCCAAUAGGUGACCCUGACUCUGCAUCGGACCCAUUGAGACCUUGGAAAAAUCCCUUGCCCUCUGUGGGCCUCAGUCUCACCCUUUGAAAAAUGGGCAGAUUGGAUUCACUGACUCCUAGUGCUUUGUCAGCACUAACAUUCUAGAAUAUUCCAGGGGGUUCCGUACUUGCCCAGACGAAGCCAGUCCAAACACCCUCAAUCUCCAUCCUGAGGGGGUGGGUGCAGCUGGUGCCUGGGGAUAUUCCAGACCAUGCAUCACACUCCAGGGAUUCAGGAACUGCCCCCCCUUCCCCAGCCCCCCGGCAAGUCCUGAGAACCCAGCUGCCCAGGCUUUGACUUGGAGUGACAGCCAGUGUCCUGGAAAGCCCCCAGCAGCUGCCCCAGGAACGUGGGAAGAGCACGGGACCCCUGUCAGCAGCUUUGAUGACCUCUGGAGCUAUCUUGGGCAGGGGUGGCAGAAACUGCAACAAGACCACCUUCUGCAGCCCACCGCUCCAGCCCCUGCUGCCCAGUUCUGUGGCAGAGACAUAAUGGACAGCGAAGGAGCCCCCAGGCCCCUGUAAAGGACUAGAAGCCUCCAAUGGGCUGCCUGAGAAGGGGUGCGAGAAGCGGGGCACCGUGGGCAUUCAUCAGUCGUGGGGGUUCAGUGUUUCUGGAACUGUUGUCUUGAGCACUUUGGGGGCUCCCUGCUCACCCGCCAGCUGCCGCUAUCCGAGGCAGUACCCCAUGAGGAUAUGGCUGUGCCGCUGCCCAGACCUGACCCCCUCUUUCUCUGCCAGCCACACCCUUGGCCUGGAGGACAGUGGAGGUGCCAAGGGGAUGAGGGCUGUGCCCAAGACCGCUGGGAAGGGAGAGGUGGGGGAAGCUCAGCCCCUCUGGGUACCAGCCCCCCUGGGCUGGUUGCACCUCUCUGCUCCGAGGCCCCCAAAGCCUGGUCUGAGAUGGGGUGGGGAGGGAGUGGGCUCUCACUACGGUACCAAAGAUGUAAUCACCUAGAUUUACAAGUAUUUUUAGGACUCAUGUUAACUCACAUUUAUACAACAGAAGUGCUAUUUUGUAUGCUGCCAAGUUUUCAUACCUGUGUGCUUUUUUUUUUUUAAAGGGAAAGAUUUUAAUAUUAAACAUGGUGCUUCUCACUCAGAGACUUGGUGGUCUCUCUUGGAUCUGCUUCCCUGGGCCUGGCUAUGGGGCCAGCCCCCAGGGAGGCAGUGGGUGGGGGUGGGGCAGACACGCUCACCCUGGCCAUGGGCGCUGCAGACAGGUCCCUUCAGCUCUGAGUCUCGUUUCCCUCCUCUGUAUAUGGGGAUUUUCACAUUCCCCCCACUCUGGCUGGGGAACCAAGGCAAGCCUCUUCCCCUCCUUGGGCCUCGGAUUCCCAGGCUGCACAACGAGAGGGCUCUCCUAGCUGUGUGGGGCUUGCCCUGGAUGAUGGAAUGGAGAAGGGGCUGGGCGGGCUUUUGAGCUGCUGCAGAGCCUGAGGCCCUCCUGCUGCCCACACCCCUCACCAUGUGCUUGUGCUUUGGCUUUGGCUAUAAAGCUGGAACGAGGCCUCUGCCCUUCCCUCAGGACACCCUCCCACCCUCAGGCCCAGGUUGAGGACAGCGUGGCUGGUGACAGGCAUCCACUCUGCUCAGCUCCUGGCCCAGGUGAGUAGCAGUGGGCUCAC